GCUCAGUAAAUGACUGCGCUAUUUCAAACACAAUGCGUAGCCAAACGAUAGAAACUAAUGAGUUUAGGUGGUUGCCAUACACCCUCACAUCUCCGACGUCCAGUACACCAUGUGCUUCACAAUUGCGCACUAGAAAACAGUACGAGGAAAAUGUACGCAUGCAUUUAAUCAAUAGCGAACCUACCAAAUCGUUAUGUCCAGUGUCUAGCGUGGACGAGGUCGAGGACAAGGAUAUAACUUGCACGAAAAAGCGAGAAAUUAGAGUAGAGAAAAUAGCCGAACAAGAUUUUGGUGCAUCACUACUAUGUUUCGAUGAUGCUAUUUUCAUAGCUUAUGUAGAGAAAUACGCGACAGCUGACACAUACACAGCGGCCUACAGAGCAGGCCUGAAAUUCGGAGACGAAAUUUGCAGUAUUAAUAGAGUAAAUGUUUCAGACUUGUGUAGGAGUGUGCCUAAUGGUGUGCGGGUGGCAAAAUCUGAGCUUGACUACGCCAUGAUUCUAGUUUUGGAAGUUAUUGAUCAAAGUGCGUUCUCACAGCAUGUAAUUCCUAUGUCGAAGCAAAGUCACAGAAUGAAAGGAGGCGAGCUUCCCGAACAAAUAGGCAUAUUAUUCGCAGAAGAUGGUGAUAUUCUGGAUGUUGCAGAAGGGAGUGUGGGGGAGAAAUCUGGGCUGACACGCGGUUCUCGUAUAAUACGGAUCGGGGGCCAAUUCACUGUUAACACAAGUCCACGUUCAUACGAGAAGCUUUUCAGAAAAUCUCAAAGAAGAAACCAACAGGUUACCGUCACUGCCGGGAAUACCGUAUUGACUUGUGGGCUAAUAUCCGAAGCUUUGCGCCACCUCGCCGAGCUGCAUGCAAAUUACGAUCUUUUGAGUUACAACUUAAACGUUCAUUUGGAGAAUGAUUUUAGCUCGGAACCAAAACCGGCCAGUUCGAUGUCACGCUUCUGGAGUUAUUUAGGUAAGGCCUUCAAACGCAGUUCAAUAUCCAAAUAAGCGAUCCCUAAAUAAAUUCAGCAGAAUCCUACAUACUUUUCCAAUAAAGGUCUUUCUUUCAUGUACGAAAUUAAGCUAUGCCUCG